CACCACCGCGCGCCGCCGCGUCUCGUGCACUUUGCGGCCAAUGCGCCCGCAACCCGCCCCCCUCGCCUCCCGGUGCCCCUGGCACCGCGUGCGCAACGUGGCGCGCGCGGCGGCGCGCGUCCUCGUCGCGACUCGGCGCAUGGCCCGCGCGCGCCACGCAAGCGCCCAUUGCACGCCCGUUGCACCGCGCGCGCACCGCCACCGCCCCUCCCGCGCGCGCGCCCAUGACCGUCACAACUCAUAGGCAAUCCACCAUGGCCCGCCUCGCCUUCGCCCUCGCCGCCACGUGCGCCUCGACGUCCGCCCUCGUGGCGCCGACGGCCGCCAAGGCGUCCACGUCCCUCAACGUCGCCACGACGUCCUACGACCCGUCGGACUUCAGCGACGUCACGAAGCUCCCGGGCAUCCUCGCGCCCGUCGAGUUCUUCGACCCCCUGAACUUCGCGGCGGACGCGUCCGAGUCGGAGCUCAAGCGCUACCGCGAGGCCGAGCUCACGCACGGCCGCGUCGCCAUGCUCGCGUCCGUGGGCUUCCUCGUCGGCGAGUCCGGCGCGACGCCCCUCUUCGGCGGCAACAUCGACGGCAUCGCCAUCAACCAGUUCUGGAAGGUGCCCACGGGCUUCUGGCCCGUGAUCCUCCUCUUCAUCGCCGUGCCGGAGACGUUCCGCGCGCUCCGCGGCUGGAUGGAGCCGACCGUGCCCGAGAACUACUUCCAGCUCCGCUCCGGCUACACGCCCGGCGACAUCGACUUCGACCCCCUCGGCCUCUGCCCCGCGGACGCCAUGGAGUUCAAGGAGAUGCAGACCAAGGAGCUCCAGCACGGCCGCCUCGCGAUGCUCGCGGCCGCGGGCAUGAUCGUCCAGGAGCUCCAGACGGGCAGCACGCUCUUCUAGGCGCGCGCGCGCCCGCCCGCCCCGAGGCGCCGCCGAGGGAGAACCUCCGGCGGCCACCUCUCCCCCCCUGUUCUAAGUAAAUGCGUCCGACUG